GAGCCCCUGGAUUGGAAAUACGCGCAGCAAGAACUACUCGAAAAGCAGGGCAUUGAUCUAAAAGCUGAAAUGGAGAAGAAAAUGUUGGAAAUGGAGUCACAGUACAGACGUGAGCGUGAAGAGCUCGAAGUGAAAAUGAUGCGGCAGACUAAGGUGCUUUAA